AUGGCCGCCUACACGCAGUAUGGUUAUAAUUACCCGUCGGCAAAUCAGUUACUCAACGGUGUUGCACAGUCAGCAGCUGCCGCCGCUGCCAUUUCCAACGGCAUGUCGGCCAACAGCAGCAUGGGCCUCGUUGGCGGCAGCGCACCGUCACCGCUCUCUGGCGGCAAUGAUGCAUCGCUCAGCCCAUCUGGCGGCUCGUCGGCCACCACAACUGGCGGUGUCACAACCACUGGACCGCUUAGUCCAGGUGCAAUUUCGCAAACAUCAAAUAAUACCAACAACAAUAACAACAGCGGCGCUAGCACAGCCGGUCUCAGCAUACUGCAUAGCAGCACCGCCAAUGCAAUCGGCUUGAGUUUGAGCCUAAAUGCAGAUGUCAGCGGUAGCGAGGGUGAUGUCGGCAUGGGUAUAGAUGGUGCAGGCGCCGCCGCCGCCAAUGCUGCCGCUAUCAAUGAUGGCACUACGCCCUGCUGUGAGAAUGGCCGCCCCAUCAUCACAGAUCCCGUCUCCGGGCAGACGGUCUGCUCGUGCCAAUACGAUUCGGCGCGCUUGGCGCUCUCCGGCUACACACGCAUGCCGGGCGCUGGUGCCACAGCCGGCGUUGGUGUUGGUGUUUAUGGCACGCCCUAUCCAUCAAGCGAGCAAAAUCCCUAUCCCAGCAUUGGCGUGGAUAGUUCGGCGUUCUAUUCGCCGCUGAGUAACCCCUAUGCACUUAAAGAGGGCAACGCUGGCUCUGACAUGUCUGCUUGGACCUCAGCUAGCCUGCAGCCCACCACUGGUUAUUAUUCAUACGAUCCCAUUGCUGCUUAUGGCUACGGUUCCAGUUACGACUUGGCGGCGCGCCGCAAGAACGCCACACGUGAGUCCACAGCCACACUCAAGGCUUGGCUCAGUGAGCACAAGAAGAAUCCCUACCCCACCAAAGGUGAGAAGAUAAUGUUGGCCAUCAUUACGAAAAUGACGCUGACACAGGUCUCUACAUGGUUCGCGAAUGCGCGCCGACGUCUGAAGAAGGAAAAUAAAAUGACUUGGGAACCAAAGAAUAAGACCGACGAUGAUGAUGAAGCAAUGUUGUCGGACGAUGAGAAGGAAAAAGAUGUUGCCGAUGAGGUUGAUAAGCUGAACAGCGGCGGUGUAGGCGCUGGCGACGUCGUUGGGGGCGUUUACGGUGGUGCAGCUAUGAGUGGCAGUGACUUGCGAAAAGAUGACCCUGUAGUGAAAUCUGAGUUAUUGGGAAAGGAGGACAAAAUGGAUGCUUGCACAGUGGAUGAACCGAAAUUCGGCGAUAUACCCACCCUACGCAACAUGAGUGGCAUCUACAAUUCACCAUAUGGACAACACCCCAGCUAUCAUCCCUACCAACAACAACAAGCAACGGCUUACUACCAACAACAGCAACAACAGCAGCAUGCAGUUAGUAUGACAUAUGGCACAGCAAGCCAAAUCAACGCAGCGGAUGAGUAUAAUGUGUCAAAAAACCUGCUGCGUGCGGCGGACUGUGGUAUACCGCUCCCAGCGAGCAAACCCAAGAUCUGGAGUUUGGCAGACACGGUCGCUUGCAAGACACCGCCACCUCCGCCGCCGCCGACGCUGGCCUCACUGCCACCACCUAUACAAAUGAACACAUAUCAGCAGCAGCAGCAGCUACAGCAACAACAACAGCAGCAGCAGCAAUCAUUGCUGCAGAGCCGGUCGCAAUACUACCAACAAAUGCCGACGCACUUACAACAGCUCAGCCAACUCAAUCCACACAGCAGCAGCAACACACAGCCGGCACACAACAACAACAACAGCAACAGCAACAAUUCGACAUCGCUGAGUAUGAUGAACGGCUACGUCGGCGCAUUGCCUUAUUCGCGCAUACCUACGGCGUACGCAGCAGCAACUGGCAGCAGCAACAACAACAACAGCAGCAGCGGUCAAUUUCUCAAUUUGAGCUCCAGCAGCAACAACAGCAGCAAUGGCAACGGCAGCAGCCACCACAACGGCAGUAUUGGCAGUGGCAGCAGCAACAGUAGCGCUUCGACGCCACCUGCCAUGACGCAAGGGCCACCGCUGCUAACAGCGCAACAAUAUCACCAGCUGCAACAGCAACAACAGCAGCAACAGCGCUUGGGUUUCAAUGAAAUUCAGCCGGAUACGCCGCCACAAACGCCACCCAACAUGAAGUUAGCGAGCGGCGGCAGCGGUGGCAUUGCCUUGAAUCAGCUGGCGCGCAGCGGUUUAAUGGCGACACCCACGAGCGCCGCGGCUGGCAUGUGUUACAACGGUGGUAAUGGUAUCGGUGUGUCGCAUGGGGCGUACGGCGCGGCGAUGGGUUCCAGUGUGGGUAUCAAUUACGCGUUGGCAGCGGCACGUGCUGAGGGCUGAGUGGGCGCAGAUGGAGGCCAUGAGUCAAUCAGUCGCUGAAGUAAAUAUCGAAAACAAUUAGCUCACGCAACUCGUGUCAUCCGUGGGUUAUGUGCAACAACAAAAGCAGGCAAUAAAUUGUAAAAAUAUAAUUGAAUUGAAUUUUUUGUAGCAAAACGCGCAGCGCUUUCGGACAUCGGACAGCGGAAGUAAGUCACGCUAGUUUUUUAAUUACUUUUCCUUGUACAUCUGCGUCGUAUUUACAUACAUGUGUCUAUACACCACAAAACCGCUAAUCGCGGCAGUCUCUGCCGUCACAAUUUAAACGCGCUAAUUAUUUUGCAAUAAAAACGUAAUUUGAGUAAGCGGCAAUAAAAAGUGUUUAUUGCAAUUCGCGUGCGUGGAAAAAAGGUCGCCUGACGGCUGCGUAAUUCAACACGCGCGCAUGCGCAGUUAACCAAAAAAAAAGCGAAACAAAAAAAAAAGUAACGCAAAAAGUAGUUGAAAACAGCAAAAGUAAUAACUGAAGACUUAAGGCACGAACUCGCCGCAGCAAAUACGUGAAAAUAUGGAGAGGGUGGUCGCCGCAAAUUGCCUGUGCUGUUGCAGUUGUUAUUGUGCAAUUAAUAGCGCUUUAUUAAAACAACAAUAAAAGCGAGUUAAGGCAUACGCACAUCCCAUUAGUCACACCAACGGCAGGUUAACGACUCUGCGCACACAGUAGCAGCCACAACUAGGCAGCAAGCUAGCUAGCAGCUGCAACAAUAACACUAUCGGUAACAAGCGCGAAGGUGUUGUAAAAAUAGCAAUUAAGCCUUGAUAAAAUUGCUUGUAAAACUUAUAAAUUAAGAUUAAAAGCACAUUAAAAAAUGGCAAUUAAAAAGUGCUAAAAAUUAACGCAUGCGGCAUUAUUUUGCUGUUGGCGCAAAUAGGGGGUGGUUCGUAAACAUGUUGCAAACUAAAAAAAAAAUUAAUAUUAAAGCUAUAAGAAAAAUAGAGAAAAAUAGAUAAAAAUGUUUCCAUAAAAAACUUGAUUUUAAUCAGUUAGUUUGUAUGGCAGCUAUAAGCUAUAGUGACUCGAUCUGAACAAUUUUUUUGGAGCUUAUAUCUCUGCUUUGAAAAAUAACUCACGUCAAACUUCAUGCAGAUAUCUCAUCAAAUAAAAUAGUUUGCCAUAUAUAAAUUUUAUUUUGCAUGUUCAGUUUGUAUGACAGCUAUAUGAUAUACUGGUCCGAUUUAAAACAUUUUUUUCAAAUAUUAUGCUGUUGUCUCAGGAAGUAAUCCAUGAUAAGUUUCAUGAAUAUAUCUUGUCAAAUAAAAAAGUUUUCCUUACAAUAUCUUGAUUUGGAACCUUCAGUUUGUUUGGCAGCUAUACGCUAUAGUGCCCCAAUUUGAACAAUUUUCUCGGAAAUUGUAUCUCUGAUUUUAGAAAUAAUUCUUGUCAAAUUUCGUGAAGACAUCUCAUCAAAUAAAAAAGUUUCCACACAAAAAAUUGGUUUUAAUCGCUCAGUUUGUAUGGCAGCUAAAUGAUAUAUUGAUCCGAGCUAAAAUAUUUCUUAAGAUAUUGUGGCGUUAUCUUAGAAAAUAAUUUUUGUGAAAUUUCGUGAGGAUAUUUCGUCAAAAAAAAAGUUUUCCAGACAUAAACUAGAUUUUAAACGUUCAGUUUUUAUAACAGCUAUAUGCUAUCCUUAUCCGAUAUCGGCGGUUCCGACCGAUAAGCAGCCUCUUGGCGAGAAAAGAACGUGUACACAAUUUCAGAUUGAUAUCUCAAAAACUGGAGGAUUAGUUCGCUUAGAUUUGUUUUAUUUUUUUUAUCGGUUUCGAAAGAUGUUUUUAUACUUUUAGCUUAUAAAUUAAGCUUUAAAAUUUCAAAAAGCUAAAACACCAUUUCAGUAGCAUAUAAAUUUGAAAAAAUUUAGCCUUAAUGGAGCUAUACAAAAGUGUGAAAAUAUGUUUUUAUGUAAGUAAGUUUGCUUUUCCGACUUGUAAUU